AUGGAAUUUGACUCCAAGUCUCUUUUUGAAAGCAGCCCCUGUUUUAAAGAUACUCCCAUCGAAAAGCAGGUGCCAGAGGAUAUUGCUUUUCCAGUUGGAUUUGCUUGGGGUGCAGCUACAGCAGCAUAUCAGAUUGCAGAAGGCUGGAAUGCAGAUGGAGAGGGCCCUAAUGUCUGGGACACAUUCACCCAUCAGGGAGGAGAUCGAGUUUUCAGGAACCAGACUGGUGAUGUAGCUUGUGGCAGCUACACUCUGUGGGAGGAAGAUUUGAAAUGUAUCAAACAGCUUGGAUUGACUCAUUAUCGCUUUUCUCUUUCCUGGUCACGUCUGUUACCUGAUGGGACGACAGGUUUCAUCAACCAGAAAGCAAUAGAGCACAUAAACAAGCUGAGAAAGGAUUUCUUAGAAAAUGCUCUUCGGGUUAUCCUGACUCUGUAUCACUUCGGCUUACCUCACUUCAUAGAAGAUGAACUUGUCUGGAGAUUUGAGAUCAUUGAGGUCUUUGAUAUUCAUGCAAAGUAUUGCUUCAGAACAUUUGGAGACUGAGUGAUCACUACUAAUGUGCCUUCUGUUGUUGCUAUAGAUUUAUAUAAUAACCCUCUAAUUUACAUCACUGAGAGCAGGUUUUCCCAAAGUGACCCUGGGCUUGAUGACAGUCAACGGUUGGAGAAGUUCAGGCUGCUUUUACAGGAACUUUUAGAAGGUACCAUGUAA